CAUCGAAGCAGCAGUAAGAAAUACAUAAUGUACAUUUUUUCUUUAUUACGAAUGAAGGAAUGAAAUGAAAAAAACGUGAUCAGAUCCUAAAGCCCAAUCAGAAGAACAUUGUCAAAAAUGGCAUCAACAUCAACGAUGACUAGUGGAAUUGAAAAUCCAAUGAAUUCAACAAAUUCAUAUAAACAAAAAUCAUCAAAACCAUUCAUGAAAUUAAAUCUGGAAACGAUACCCGAUUCAUUUAAGACAAAAGUUUCGAUGCAACAUCAAUGUUAUCGUUUAGUACCCGAUGAUCUAUUGAGUCCCAAUGAUGAAGAUGAUUAUGAAAAUGAUGUCAAAGAUAAUGAUUAUCUAACAUCCGACAAAAAAAUUUUCAAUAGUACACCCAAAAAUAAUUGUCAACAUAAACGUCGCCAGUUGCCAAAAAUACCAUCGGAUAAAAAACCGUUCGGAAAAAUAUGGCAAAUGGGACAAAAUAGUAUUGAUCAACAAUCAAAAAAUUUGGCCAAAAGUCUUCGAUGGAAAUUAACAAUGGCAAAUAUGUUAUUAGAAAUUAAAACUGAUUCAUCCACCGGUAAAACCCUUUCGAUUAAGAUGCUCAAUGAUGAUUAUGUCGAUGAUGAUGAUAAUAAUAAAGUGAAAGAAAAUGAUAAUAAUAAUGACUAUGGCAAUAAUGACAAAGAAAAUAUUAUCUUCUCUUCAACGGAACAACAACAUUCACAACAGAAACAAACAAAUAAUCUUAUCUCAACAAUAUCUGAUGAUCAUUCAUCAUUGGAUUGGAGUCAUGAUGAUACGAUGUCGAUGAUGAUGAUGUUAUCACCGGAUAAAUCAUCAUUGACAACGGAACAAUCUAGUCACCGACAGCAUCAUUCUCGAUUGACAAACACAAGUAGCGAUUCAGGAGUUUCAUCCAACAUUGAUUCACCAUCAACGACGGCUAUUUCAUCAUUUAAUGAAAAGAUUGAAUUCUUCGAAUCAAAAUCAUCCAUGACGAGUAAUGAUGCUAAUGAUGAUUGUGACAACGAAGGUGAUGAACAAAAAUCUCAGCUUCAACAAUCACAAUCAGAAACAAAUUUGAAACCUGUGAACAAAUUACCAGAUGCAACACAUAGAGCAUUGUUCAAAUUUUGUGCCCGACAUCCAGAUGAAAUCGAUCUGCAAAUUGGUGAUGCAAUCUAUUUGUACGAAGAAUUUGAUGAUCAAUGGUCGGAUGGUCUUAAUUUACGGACAGGUUAUCGAGGAAUAUUUCCUUCAUCAUUGGUCAUCGAUGUCAAUUAUUCGGAAUUUAUGUUCGAAACGGAUGCUAAUCCAAUCUUUCAUGAUUCGAAUCCAUUUAUUGAUUUUCGUAUACAACGUGAUCGCUUUAAUUUGGAUUUUCUUGGAUCAAUCGAAGUAUUCAAAGCAAAAGGUGAAGAUGUAUUAGAUGAAUCAAUACGACGAGUAUCGAUUGGUGUACAACAAUCAACAAUGAAAUCAUCCGCAAAAUUUUCAAUGAAUAUUCCGUUUAAUUGCCUAAUUGAAGUGUCCGAUAUUGGUAUACGUAUGAUUGAUAAUUCCUCUAAUAUAACAAAUCUUACGAACAAAUCUCGAACAACAAGUAACAAACAUGAUUAUUUUUUCGCAUUAGUACAGAUCACAUAUUGUGGUUAUCAAUUCAAAAAUAAUGUCUAUUAUUUUGCAUUUAUCACUCGUCAUCCAUCUAUUCAGACAAGAUUUGCAUGUCAUGUUUUUAAAGGUGUUGAUUGUUCUAAUACUCGAGAUGUAGCCGAAUCAGUUGGUCGUGCAUUUCAUCGUUUCUAUAAUCGUUUUGUUCAGAUUACAUUUCCAAUGGAUACAACAUUCAAUUAAUAAUUUCAAUCUGAUUAAAUCCUAAUGGAAUCUUUAUCAAUAAUUCGCAACAUUACUUAAAUAUCUAAUCGCACAAACAACAAACAUAAUAU